UCAUCUCCCCCAGGGGUUCCAAGGAUCUGUUUGGGUCAGAUGAGAGAUGUAUCAGUGCACUAUUUCUCUGGAGCCCAAGAGUUUUGGCAUAGGUUAACCUUUUUGUAAGGUAAUUUCUCUAGAUAGCAAUGAGGCAGAAAGGCUCCUAGAAAAUAAACUUAGGCUGAAACACGUAUGAAAUAAUAUGUAAAGGUAUUUCUGUGCACGCUCUGUCAUCCCCCACACCCCGCCCAUGAGCUAGAAAAACUAUACCACGGAAUCUAGUGACAGCAAGCUUGGCAGUGAUCUCGCCAAAGUAGCUGUACUAGGGAAAAGGUUUCACGAGUAAAUUUUGACAGGAACAUGGAAAAUAUCUGGAGCAACAAAGUCCUGGUUAACUGUGGAUGAGAACACAAUGGAACAUUGGAGGCUAAGGAAUCCAUGAAACAGAUCCAUAGGCACAUUGACCUGACACCCCGCCUCCCUUCCCGCCUAAGCUCCCUCCCCUUUCUUCCAUCACGGCCAAUCAGGUUGCCUAGUUCAAUACACUUCUCAGCGAUCUAGAGUUACUCAGGAGAGUCAUUUCCACGUAGGUCAACGCGCCGGACGGGCGGCGAGCAGAAACUUAUAUCCGUUUUAAAUCCCAGCGCUUGGGAACAGACCUUAUGGCUGUACCCCAGUCUUGUAAUUCUGAGCUAGGAGUUAGUUUCAGCUCUGGUCCUUCGGGUCUAUCAAAUGCCAACCGUAGCACCCUGGGGGCGUGGUUACCGUUUUGUUGGGGCUCUGGGAAGUGCACUUAUCUGGGGGACCGGGCCUGAUGAUACCAUAAAAGGCUUGGUUUUCUCAGUUCUGAAGCCGUGUUCUGCCGACCUUCCUCUAGGAACCGUACUCGCGACUGCCUUGUGCGGAAUCCUUGCUUCGCAAGUCCCCUGUCCUCUACUUCCUAGACCCUUUCAUUGGCUCCGCCCCUAUGGGCAGUACUCGUCCACUCUGGGAACGCCCUCCUGCGUAGAGACCGCUCCCCCUCGCCUCCGCUCCUCCUACCCAGCUCGUAGCUGAGCCCAGGCGGUAGUUCGCGUUUUGAGCCGCUCGUGCCACCAUAGCUGUGCUGCUGCUGCCGCCGCGGAGCUGAAAUCGCUGAGCGCGAUGCCUGAGGGUGCUGCGAGCCGGGCGGCCCGCGCGGCACGGGGCUGGUCAGUGAGAGGGCAUACUGGAAGGCCCUGUGGAGUGGGAAAGCAGUGCCGCUGUUGAGACAAGUCCUAAGAUUGCGCCAGGAAGUGUCCCGGGGGGCUCCUCAUCAUGAUGGCUGUGGAAGGGUCAACCAUUACCAGCCGGAUCAAGAACCUUCUGCGAUCCCCAUCCAUCAAAUUACGCAGGAGUAAGGCAGGAAACCGGCGAGAGGACCUCAGCUCCAAGGUGACCUUGGAGAAGGUGCUUGGAAUAACAGUGUCUGGAGGCAGAGGACUUGCCUGUGACCCCCGAUCGGGUUUAGUUGCCUACCCAGCUGGGUGUGUGGUCGUGCUGUUCAAUCCCCGGAAACACAAACAGCACCACAUCCUCAACAGUUCCAGGAAGACCAUCACUGCCCUUGCCUUCUCCCCUGAUGGCAAGUACUUGGUCACUGGAGAGAGCGGGCACAUGCCUGCCGUGCGGGUUUGGGACGUGGCCGAGCAUAGCCAGGUGGCGGAGCUGCAGGAGCAUAAGUAUGGUGUGGCUUGUGUGGCCUUCUCCCCUAGUGCCAAGUACAUUGUCUCUGUGGGCUACCAGCAUGACAUGAUCGUCAACGUCUGGGCCUGGAAGAAAAACGUUGUGGUAGCCUCCAAUAAGGUGUCCAGUCGGGUCACCGCCGUGUCCUUCUCUGAAGAUUGUAGCUACUUCGUCACUGCUGGCAACCGGCACAUCAAAUUCUGGUACCUUGAUGACAGUAAGACCUCAAAGGUGAAUGCCACCGUGCCCCUGCUGGGCCGCUCCGGGCUGCUGGGGGAGCUGCGGAACAACCUGUUCACCGACGUGGCCUGUGGCCGAGGCAGGAAGGCGGACAGCACCUUCUGCAUCACGUCCUCAGGGCUGCUGUGCGAGUUCAGUGAUCGGAGGCUCUUGGAUAAGUGGGUGGAGCUGAGAAACACAGACAGCUUCACAACCACCGUGGCCCACUGCAUCUCUGUGAGCCAGGACUACAUCUUCUGCGGCUGCGCUGAUGGCACCGUGCGCCUCUUCAACCCCUCUAACCUGCACUUCCUCAGCACCCUGCCCCGGCCCCACGCCCUGGGGACAGACAUUGCCAGUGUCACAGAGGCCAGUCGCCUCUUCUCUGGAGUGGCGAAUGCCAGGUAUCCAGACACCAUUGCCUUGACCUUUGAUCCUACUAAUCAGUGGCUGUCUUGUGUAUACAACGACCACAGCAUUUAUGUUUGGGACGUGAGGGACCCCAAGAAAGUGGGCAAGGUGUACUCGGCUCUGUAUCAUUCCUCCUGCGUCUGGAGUGUGGAGGUCUACCCGGAAGUGAAGGACAGUAACCAGGCCUGCCUGCCCCCCAGUUCCUUUAUCACCUGUUCCUCUGACAACACUAUCCGCCUGUGGAACACAGAGAGCUCUGGGGUGCAUGGCUCCACCCUGCACCGAAACAUCCUCAGCAAUGACCUCAUUAAGAUCAUCUAUGUGGAUGGGAACACUCAGGCCUUGCUGGACACUGAGCUGCCCGGGGGAGACAAAGCUGAUGGGUCCCUGGUGGAUCCCCGAGUGGGCAUUCGCUCUGUGUGUAUCAGCCCCAACGGACAGCAUCUCGCUUCAGGGGACCGUGUGGGCACACUCAGGGUGCACGAACUACAGUCCCUAAAUGAGAUGCUGAAGGUGGAGGCCCAUGACUCAGAAAUUCUAUGCCUGGAGUACUCUAAGCCGGACACAGGUCUGAAGCUCCUCGCGUCAGCGAGCCGGGACCGGCUGAUCCACGUGUUGGAUGCUGGACGGGAGUACAGCCUACAGCAGACGUUGGACGAGCACUCAUCCUCCAUCACAGCUGUCAAGUUUGCAGCCAGCGAUGGGCAAGUCCGCAUGAUAAGCUGUGGAGCAGACAAGAGCAUCUACUUCCGCACUGCACAGAAGUCUGGAGAUGGAGUACAGUUUACACGGACACACCACGUGGUACGGAAGACAACCCUCUACGACAUGGAUGUGGAGCCCAGCUGGAAGUACACAGCCAUCGGCUGCCAGGAUCGAAAUAUUCGGAUCUUUAACAUCAGCAGCGGGAAGCAGAAGAAGCUGUAUAAAGGGUCGCAGGGUGAGGAUGGCACUCUGAUUAAGGUGCAGACAGACCCCUCAGGGAUCUACAUUGCUACCAGCUGUUCCGACAAGAACCUUUCCAUUUUUGACUUCUCCUCAGGCGAGUGUGUGGCUACCAUGUUUGGCCACUCAGAGAUUGUCACUGGCAUGAAAUUUAGUAACGACUGCAAACAUCUCAUCUCCGUGUCAGGGGACAGCUGCAUAUUUGUGUGGCGCCUGAGCUCUGAGAUGACCAUCAGCAUGAGGCAGCGUCUGGCCGAGCUGCGCCAGCAUCAGCGCGGGGGCAAGCAGCAAGGACCAUCCUCUCCCCAAAGGGCUGCUGGACCCAACCGGCACGAGGCCCCAUCGAUGCUAUCUCCUGGACUAGCUCUCUCAUCAGACAGUGACAAGGAGGGAGAAGACGAGGGCACUGAAGAAGAAGAACUUCCAGCUCUGCCCGUCCUUGCCAAGGGUACCAAGAAAGAGCCAGCCUCGGUGCCCAGCACGGCCCUGCCCCGAAGCCUGUCCCACUGGGAGAUGAGUCGGGCACAGGAGACAGAGGAAUUCCUGGAUCCAGCUCCUGCAGCCAACCAAGGACCCAGAAGAAGGGGGCGCUGGGCUCAGCCAGGCGUGGAGCUGAGUGUCCGCUCCAUGCUGGACCUGCGGCAGCUGGAGACGCUGGCCCCAAGUCCUCGGGGCCCUAGCCAGGACUCUCUGGCUGUGAGCCCUUCAGGUCCUGGGAAGCAUGGUCAGCAGGCCCCUGAGACCUCACAUGCUAGCCAGAAUGAAAAGCGCCCCCGGCCUCAGGCUUCCCAACCCUGUUCCUGCCCCCACAUUAUCCGAUUGUUGUCCCAAGAUGAAGGGGUCUUUGCCCAAGAACUGGAGCCUGCACCCAUCGAAGACGGUAUUGUCUACCCAGAGCCGAGUGACAGCCCCACCCUGGAUACCAGUGAGUUCCAGGUGCAGGCACCAGCCCGAGGGACCCUGGGAAGAGUGUACGCCGGCAGCGGGGGCUCAGAGAAGCACAGCCCUGACAGUGCCUGCUCCGUGGACUUCAGCAGCAGUCGCCUUUCCAGCCCUGAGCAUCCCAAUGAAGACUCCGAGAGCACGGAGCCCCUGAGUGUGGAUGGCAUUUCCUCAGACCUUGAAGAGCCAGUCGAGGGUGAUGAGGAAGAGGAGGAAGAGGAGGGAGGCACUGGCCCCUACGGGGUGCAGGAAGGCAGCCCCCAUACCCCGGACCAGGAGCAGUUUCUAAAACAGCACUUUGAGACUCUGGCCAAUGGGGCUGCUCCAGGGGGCCCAGUCCGGGUACCAGAGCGGACAGAGUCUCGGAGUAUCUCCUCACGAUUCCUGUUGCAAGUGCAGAGCCCCGCACUCAGGGAACCAUCCCCAUCUUCCUCAAGCCUGGCAAUGACAUCGAGGCCAGCCCAGGUGCCGCAGGCUUCUGGCGAGCAGCUGAGAGGCAAUGGUGCCAAUCCUCCAGGAGCACCCCCGGAGGCGGGGCCUUCCCUUGGGAACCCUGGCCCCCAGCAGGCAGCCCCUGUGCUGUUGCCACGACGCCGUCUCAACCCGGACAGUAGCUGGGCCCCCAAGAGAGUGGCCACAGCCAGCGCCUCAGGUGGACUCCAGAAAGCCCAGUCGGUGCAGAGUCUGGUGCCACAGGAUGAGGCCCCUCCACCAGGCCCGUUGCUCUUACAGGAGAUGGAGGCCCAGGGGCGCCUGUGCUCCCUGCCCCAAGCUGACAGCCGUCUGUCUCAGCCCCACUCCUACCAGAACCCCACCACCAGUUCCAUGGCCAAGAUAGCCCGCAGCAUCUCUGUUGGGGAGAACCUGGGCCUGGCUGCCGAACCUCAAGCUCCUGCCCCCAUCCGAGUCUCGCCACUCAGCAAGCUGGCCCUGCCCAGCCGGGCUCACCUGGUCCUGGAUAUCCCAAAGCCACUGCCUGAUCGUCCUACCCUGGCCACAUUCUCACCUGCUACCAAGGGCCGGGCCCCUGGUGAGGCAGAACAGCCUGGCCCCUCAGCGGGCCUAGCAAAGGCUCACAGUACAUCUGAGAGGCGGGCCUGCUUGGGGGAGGGUGCCACUCCCAAGCCUAGGACCGAGGGCCAGGCUCAGCCUGGGCCCAACAGUCCCCGUGCCCAGCAGCUGCCGGUCAGCAGCCUCCUCCGAGGCCCUGAGAACCUGCAGUCCCCAGCCCCUGAGAAGACUCCCAGCCCUGUGGAACGCACCAGGCCGGGGGCAGCCCGGAGCCGGGACUCAGAACCAGCCGUGAGCCUGGAGCAGUGCGAACAGCUUGUGGCAGAGCUCCAGGGCAGUGUGCGCCAGGCCGUGCAGCUCUACCACUUGGUGGCCAGCUGCAAGACACCCUCAGCAGAACAAAGUCGCAUCACCCAGCUCCUCAGAAACACCUUCUCCUCCGUGCGGCAGGAGCUAGAGGCCCUGGCCGGGGCUGUGUUGUCCAGCCCAGGCGGGAGCCCUGGGGCCGCGGGCGCCGAGCAGACACAGGCCCUGCUGGAGCAAUACUCAGAGCUGCUGCUUCGAGCCGUGGAGCGGCGCAUGGAACGCAGACUCUGAGUUCCAGAAGCCUGUCCCAAGUGAAUGCUCCCCCGAUUCCAAACUGCAGCCCCUCCUCCACUCACCAAAACCUGUGGGGUUGCUUGGAGUGGAUAGCAGGGAUCAGUGCUCAGAGGGGAAGCAGCUUUCCCAGCUGUUCCUCAUGGGGUCCCUGUAUUUAUUAAUUUAUUUCCCUGACUGUUGCCUCACUUUCUUGGAACUCCUGCCUCCACAGCCCCUCCAGUGGCUCACGCAGGAGUAGGUCUUGGGCCUUCGUCAUCUUGGUGCUGUGAGGAGUAGGAGGGCAGCCUGCCCCAUCUGGGGGAAAUCGGGAAAGGCUGGCCCUCUCUUCUUAGAAGCCAUUUGAAAUUACUGCAGGGAUCAGCUCCCUGGGGUGGAGCACACACAGGGUAUUCAGUGGGGUAGAGGUGAGAGGUGAUCUGGUAUCCAUGCCCUUUAGCCAACAACGGAGGCUCACCUCUACCUCCACUUCCCCCCCUCCCCAUACCAGCUGCACUCCCCUGGCUGCCAGAGCAGGGGUUGUUUUCCCCACUUGCUGGCAGUUCAGAAAGGCAGAGCCCUCUGGCCCUUUGGAGCACUCCCAGCCAUCAGGAGGCUUGAGUUGAUAUCAAGGCCCGAGCCGCCACAUUCCACUCCCGUUCCCCCUCCAAGAGGGCCCUAGCAUUGUCUCUUCCUGUGCCGCCUCUCUCCUGGCCGGAACUGUGGAGCCAGCUGUGGGACAUUGCUGCAGGACAGUAAAGCCCUCUGCUGGGCAAACAUGAAGCCCUGGCCUCCUUCCCUCAGCCCCUUGGCCUUCCCUGUCCUCCAGCCCUGGUCCCCAGUAGGCUCCUGGAGCCGAGGCCACCUUCUCCCUGCAUCCUGAGUGAUGCUCAGUCAGAAGCCUGUGUUGGAACUUCCCUCAUAGUUUACAGGGCGCUGGCCCACCUUCUAAGAACCUUGGCCACAGGUGAAAUCUAAAUACACACACACACCCACACACACACACACCCACAAGUUGAGUGUUCAUUGCUAGAGCACUUGCCUGGCUGAUGUGUACCUGCUUUCCUCUCACGUCCCGCCCUAGCUUCACCAACUUGGCUCUUAUCAAAGAACAUGAAAAGGGAAGGAACACACUAAGCCUGAAAUCUGGAUUCCUACUGUCCACAGCCUAGCUGAUGUGAGAUGGCCCAGAGUAUCUGGUUUGGGUAGAAGGAGCCUCCUCAAAGGCAGUGCUGGGCACCCAGGGGUACUGGGUACUGGAGGUUGAAGAGAGGGAGGCACAUGGGACUGCAGCAGGGGCUAAGAGACACACUGGAAAGGUGGUAGGUGGGACAGGUAAGUGGCAGAGGUCAGGGGAUAGAUUAGAAUUAGAAGGGCAGUUUUAGGGGUGAGGGGAAGGAGCUAGGGCACAGUGGGCAAGUAGAGUAGGACCAGGUAGUGAAGCACUUGUUGAAGAGUUGAGGUGAAGAACAUGUGUCUCUAGGCCCUACUGCUUCCUCUGCCUCAGGUAAGUCAGGGCACCACAGCUCCAGGCCACAAAAGUCCAUUUCCCUAUGGGCUCCGCUGGCUCUAUAGGCGGAGGCAUAGCAAGAAAUUAGAUUCUGAGGGGUGCGCAGCUCUGUUUGCAUCAGCGGCCUGAACAGGUGAAACCUAUUUCACCCUCACUCUUUUCUACUACCACCACCUGCUUGGCCAACGUGCAAAGAAAUCCUGGCCCAAGAACUCUCACAGCUGAGAGUGGAGCCUGGGAGGGCUGCAGCUGCCCUCGUCAGAGUUAGAAAUCCACUCCCACCGUACCCCUAACCCGCACACCAGCCGCAGUCCACCGCAAAUGGGGUUCAGGCCUGGCCCUCUGGGCUGGGUUCUUGGCCAUCCUUAGCCAGUCUGUCCUUCACGAGGAAGGAGCUACACUGCUGCCAAGGUUUGUGAGAAGGUGGCCGCCCUUCCCCUACCCCCAGCCCAGCGUGGCGUGGGGUGGGGGUGGGGGGGUCUCGUGGCCGGCGCCCGUCCCCUUCUGCAUGUCUGAGGCCACCGGCGACUGCCGACCCCGUUCAGAUCUGCCCUGACCCAGUUUUGAAAGCCCCUUAUUUAUAACUUUUAUACUUUGUCCAGGCCAUGGCGCUUCCCUCCUCCCCAGGUCUCACAGGGCAGAGGCUGUUUUUAACAUGUCCGUUUGUACUGAUGUAUGAACUCGUCAAUAAACACAAUCAUUUGCUAA